AUGGGGGAGAGAGUCAGAGGAGGAGGAGAGAGGGGUGGAGGAGAUGAGGGGGGAGAUGAGGGAGGUGGAGGAUCUAAGGGGGGAGAUGAAGGGGGUGGAGGAACUGAGGAGGGAGGAGAUGAGGAUGUAGACAUUGGUGGAUACACUGAUUCUACGAGCAGCAGAGAUGACGAUGAUUAUUCAGGGUCAUCAAGCAGUGAAGAUGGUGAUGAUGAUGAUGAUGAUGAUGAUGAUGAUGAUAUGAUAGAGCUAGAGGAUGUGCUUGGUGCAGAGGAUGGAGGGGGACAGGUGGGUGACAGGGAUGAUGAUGAUCUGCAGAUUCUCAAAGCACGGAUUCGGAGUCUAGAGGAUGAGCACUUUGCUCCAGGUACUGAUACACGCAGACAUUCUGGCAGACUUUAUUACUCUACACAAUGGGCUUUUUAUUAUCGACAACUUUACUAUGACACUAUACCUGAGGGACAGAGAGCUCCUAGUUUUAGUGUUGUUAGAGGUCAUUUCAGUUCUAGUAGGACUUCUACAUGGAGGACCAACAGUGGUGGUGUUAUGGAUCCACCUCAACAUCCUGGCGCAAGACCUAGUGGGCAGGAUCCACCUAUUGAUAGAGGCAGUUUCGGUUGA